AUCAGCAACUGGAUAUAUUUAACUCAUUAAUAAAAGAUUGCCUUGACAGAUAUGCACCACUACGCAGAUCUAAAAUCACGCGCCCUCCUGCACCCUGGUUAAAUGACAGUGACGUGAAACAACUUCAAAAAGAACGAAACGAGCUCAGAUAUUUGGCUCACAAAACAAACCUGAGUCAUGUCUGGAAUAAAUUCCGCGAAGUAAGAAACACUAUACAGACAAAGAUUAAGAGAGCUUUCUAUCAGAAAGCAUUAUCAUAAAAAACCCCGAAAGAAUUUUGGAAAGUAAUACACCGCAUACUUCAUCCCAAUCCCAAACUUAUAAAUGCGGAUCCCGACCAAUUGAACAGCCACUUCAGCUCUACCUCGCAACGUCUACUCGGGUCAGUGUCGACUUCCCUAAAUGCCUUGCAAGAACUAGUAAACUCAUUACCAGUCUGUAUGUCCAACUCGUUUAAUAUCUAUCCAGUUUCCCAUAGUGGAGUAUUGAAUCAGUUAAGAACAAUAAGAUCUGACUGUGCGACAGGAACUGACCAGAUUCCGGUAAAAUACCUUAAGAUGGCAGCUGAUUACAUUGCCUCACCAUAGACCUAUAUCAUCAACGGGUUUAUUGCAAAUCACAGCUUUCCAGAUGUUUGGAAGACUGCGCGUGUGUCACCUAUACCCAAAGUAGCCUCUCCAACUGAGAUAGACCAUUAUAGACCAAUUGCUAUUCUCCCGGCUCUUUCCAAAGUCCAUGAAUGCCUCAUCCCAAAUCAAAUUGUAAAAUAUAUUGACCAGCAUAAUGUAUUAAACGAGAAUGUUACUGGCUUUCGUAAAGGCCAUGCCACCUCAUCUGUCCUUUUACGAGUAAGAGACGAUAUAUUAAAGGCUAUGAAAAAAGGAGAAAUUACUCUUAUUGCAUUUGCCGACUUCUCGAAGGCGUUCGAUACAGUGGACUUAGCGGUAAUAAUAAAGAAACUUCAUGCCAUUGGCUUUUCACACUUUUCGUUCAAUUGGAUUCUUAACUACCUUACUGGUCGGAAACAACUUGUUCAAGUAAAUGAUAGCCAAUCUGAACUAGCAGACGUGUUGUUUGGUGUUCCGCAGGGAUCGAUAUUGGUUUACCGCAGUUUACCGUAG